UUGCGAGCGUCUUUCACAUUUUCAUUGUCAUUGCCUCGUCCACGGAGCACACGCGAAAGAUCCUCAAUAGCCCCAUGUACACCGAGCCCUGCCUCGUGGCGUCAGCCAAAAAGAUUCUGUGCGCCGACAAUUGGUGAGCUGAGCUGAGCUUGAUGCGAGAUACAUCUGCGACUGCACUGAAUGCUCAUUUUAAACCGGGGCCGCCCAUCGCAAUCGCGCUCGGAUCCUCUUUUGUUUUCUUCCCGUAGGGUUUUCCUCAACGGCAAGCCGCACGUCGACUUCCGCAAGGGCCUCAACACUCUCUUCACGCGCAAUGCCCUGUCCAUGUACCUGGGCAUCCAGGAGAACAUCUACAAGCGUCAUUUUGCCGCAUGGAUGGCCGACCCGGAUCCCCAGGCAAAGGAAUACAUGAUGCCGUUCCGUGACCUCAACAUGGAGACGUCGUUGCGCGUGUUCUGCGGCGACUACAUCUCUGAGAAGGGCCAAAAGGACAUCUCGGACCACUACUGGCUCAUCACCCUCGCACUUCAGCUCGUUAACUUCCCUUUUGCUCUGCCGGGCACCAAGGUAUACAAUGCCAUCAAGGCGCGCAAGAUGACAAUCAAGUGGUUCGAACACGCCUCGGCCGAAAGCAAGAAGCGCAUGGCCGCCGGCGGUGAGCCCAACUGCCUCAUCGAUGGAUGGAUCAAGGCCAUGCAGGAUGCGCGCGCCGAGAGGGAGAACCCGGACCUGGGCUCGGACGCGAGGAGAACCCUGGUGCGAGACUUUUCCGAUCGCGAAAUCGCCCUUGCCGUGCUCUCUUUCCUCUUUGCCAGCCAGGAUGCCAUGUCUUCGGGCCUCACGUACCUCUUCCAGCACGUUGCCGACCAACCGGAGCUGCUGCGAAAGGUGCGCGAGGAGCAGUACCGUCUCCGAGGCGGUCAGCUCGAUGCACCCAUCACCCUCGACCUCAUCGACCAAAUGGAGUACACGCGCAACGUCGUCAAGGAGAGCCUGCGGAUCAAGCCGCCGGUCAUCAUGGUCCCCUACACAGCACACAAGGCUUUCAAGAUCGACGACAACUACACUGUGCCAAAGGGCACCAUGGUCAUUCCCUCGUUCUGGAACUCGCUCCACGAUCCCCAGGCCUACCCAGACCCCGACAAGAUCAUCCCAGAGCGAUGGAUGCAGGGCCCUGAUUCGCCGGCGCAGCAGCACCCGAGGAAUUGGCUCGUGUUCGGAAGUGGACCCCACUACUGCAUCGGCCAGCAAUAUGCACUGAUGCACCUGACGGCCGUCCUGGCCGCUGCGAGCAUCUCGAUGAACUGGAAGCACGAAAUCACGCCCACGUCCAACAAGGUCCGCGUCAUUGCCGGCAUUUUCCCAGAGGACGGCGCCCGAAUGAAGUUCUCCCCGCGCCCCGCUCCCUCACCCACUGCCACACCCGAGGAGGCUGCUGCCGCGUGAAAGUCUCCCCCGGCCCAUCUCACCCUUCCCUCUUUUCCUUUUCGGAGCUUUUCAUUUCUCUCACAGAGCCACACCUUAGUAGAGUUCUUGCAAGCGUCGUGGUCAUCUCAUCUCUUUUCUUUUCUUUGUUGCUUUCUCUCUUCUGGAAACCCUAGUUUCUUUCUUUUUUUGACUACCUGUUCUUCACUUCCCCAUGUCCCCCCUGCUCGACUAUUUGAGCAGUCGAGCGAAAUAUAACCAAUAAUAGUCUCAACAUCAACC